AUGCACAACGCGAGGCAGGACUGUGAGCAAGAGCCAGCCCUUGACGACCUGGUCAGAGAGCCUCCACCUUCAAUUGACGGAGCAGAAGAGGAAAUCUUAGCAAAGGAGAUGACAGCGGACGUUCAACCUACCGAGAGUGAGGCAACACCGUGCCUUGAUGCCCAAACGGAAAGCACUUCUGCAGCGACAGUAACAUCAAUUCCAACAGUACCAACACCUACCACUUCAACAGCGACCGCGGCUACGCCUAUUGUUGUAAAACGAGGUAGAGGGAGACCUAGAAAGUCCGAAUCAGGCACCGGGGCUCCCAACACGCUCUGUACCCAGGACGAAAUCACAGGUCACCCAAGUGCCCUGCUAGCAGCUACCGGAACUUCAUCAUCGUCUCCUCUUGGAUCCAGCCUGUCUCAGCAAAGACCCACAGCACACCUGAAUUCAACCAACUCGAUCAACUCGAUCAACAACCAAUGCGAGUCAUGUAUGUCAUUCGACACUCGUCUCUACAAGUUUGGCAAGUUGAAGGUCUGCAAGAUGUGUGAGAACCUGAUGCGGACCAUGACAGGCAGUUCACGGCGGCAGACUGUUGUCCCUCCUACACCUCCUACUGCUUCGAGUUCAAGUUCUUCGGCCUCUACAGCUCUGACGAAGCAAGGACAUAAUGUCUCCACUGCGCCUUCACAGAAGCCUCAGGUUGACCCAAAAGCCGCAAGCAAGUCUAGCAAGCAGGAUCAGAUCGGGGUCAACACCAUCUCCCAUUUUGCCACUGUCCCUCACUCGACGUUUGAUCCUUCGAUUACGACUAUAUCCCCUUCUUCGCUGGUUUUGGUUCCGGAGCCCAAACCAGUGCGAGUCAUCCUAACCAAGCGCGGAGAGAUCGCCAAGAAACGAGGUCGCAAACCCAAAGCAAGGGACGAGUCUACCAACCUUGCUGCCAAGGUUGUACCUGUACCAGCUUCUCAGAGCCCACAACAGCCGACAGCAGAUCCAGCCUCAGAGCAGGUGGCGGUCAAGAAACGAAAUAGGAACCCAAUGGCGCUCUACCCUUACAAUAUCCUCCCAGUUACCGAUCCUGCCUCAGUGGUCGUCUUCAAAUCCAAAUCUGCGACCUAUGUCGAGGCCUCCGUCACAGCAACUCCAGCAGCCUCCAUUACCUUUCCACCACCAACCGACCCUUCAGGCUCUUCCGUCUCCCAUGGCGACAAUUUCCAUUUCCAGACGACGGGCGCUUUUCUGACCCGUACGGCAUCUAAGCUGCUGGGCGGUCAGGAAGUAAUCGGGGUGGAUUCAAAUAUUCAUGGAUAUGCGCAUGGUCGACUCGUUAAGGUGCAGAACAUUGACAAGACAUGGCACUUUGGAGCUAUGGUAGGGUUGGAUCGAGGAAAGAUCAGGGUUCAUUUUGAUGGCUGGGGGCCAGAGUGGGAUGAGUGGAUCGCGUCUGAUAGUAGGAGGCUGAAGGUAUUAGAUGCGGAGGAAACUACUCUUCGGAACUCGUUGCUCUUGCCACCCACACUACUCCCCUCACAGGCUCCGACUGCUGUUGCUUCUGAAAGCCAGCAUUUCCAACAGCUUCCUAUGGACAGCACUCCGAUUCUGCAAGCUGUCUCAGCCUUCAAGGCCAUCCGUCCUCCUACUGUUGCACUACCGAUGAAGCCGCCCAGGGUCUUGAAACCGAUCGCUGUCAAGCGCAAGUUGGCACCCUCGAUGGACGAUGUUGUUCCUGCGUUGAUGCUUGUCGAUCCGGACCUCCCGAGACCCUUCGCCAAGAUGGUCAAGAAACCCAAGACGUCUGAGACGCUGGAUCUAUCCGGCAAGUCACUGCCAAUGCCGACGUCACAGAUUGUGCCACAGUCAAAGAAGCCCAAAUUGGACAAGUCGUCUUUGAUAACUACAGCCACGUCCGAGGGAGGCGCCCCGGCAAGGGCCGCCAUCAUGCCAGCUGCGACCACUGCGACAAGAAUAGGAGUAGCUGCGAGCAAUGGCAUGUACAUUGACUUGAGUUCGCCCAAACCAUCGACGACAUCGGCACCCAACAAUCCAACCCUAGUGCUGUCCUUCACAAACUUGAAGGCCGCUAAACCUAAGGCUACUUCGACCAAGGAUGUUCCCAAACCGCCCAAGUUGAUCGCCAUAGCUCCGAAGGGAUCGACUACAGGAGACUCAUCAACAGCAGCAGCAGAGGCCGCAACUCCGGGCGCCGACAAGCCGGUCAAGUUGUCACUUGCUGACGCUCGGAUAUUGUUGCUCGGGAUCGAGGUCGGAACCAAGGUGCAGGCACAGGACAAGCAUGGGCAAUGGCGGCCAUCGACUGUUGUGCAGGUCAAGGCUCGGAGGGUUCUUGUCAAGUUUGACGAAUGCCCCAACUUGGCGGACGAGUGGUUCAUUGUUGACAGCAACCGACUCAUUCUCCCUGAGCGACCACUGAUGGGUCCUCUGCAUGAGGAUAGCCAGAUUCGUGCUACUCCAAAGGCCAUCUCGACGAAUGAUUUGAAGCGACGAGAUUCAGCUUGGUCUCCGCCGAUUGACAUUGAGGGUCACUCUCCUAUCGACUGCCCGGCUACCUGCAGCCGCUCUUCUUCCUCCUCCAGCUCUCUGAGCACUGCCCAGUCGUCUCAAUUAUCUUCACCAAACACAGCGGACCUCUUUUCCACGAGCAGCGAUGACUUGUCCGAGCCUGGAUCUACAGUAUCAUUACCUGGUGACCCUGCGGACAAGGAGCCAGCCAAAGAUGACGAGCCACCACCACCACCGCCUGCGCCACGACCUCCUCACACUCUUGGGAACCCGAUCCUUUUGGACCUUCCUCCCUACGAGGUUGUGGCGUUUGAGUUUGAGGAUCAGGAGAAGGAGCUCCUAAGGAUCAUCCAUCAAGUGUUGGACACAGGUUUGAUCAAGAACGCUGUCGUCGAGUUCUCGCCAGAAGAGUACAUCCCAACUGUGCGCGUCAUCAAGAAGAAAAAGAAGGUUGUAGAGGGAGUCGGUGGCGAGGGUGCCGCAGAAGGAGAGGAUGGCGAGAAUGAAGGUGACGAUGAUAGUGAGGCCGAGGUUGAGAAGAAGGUGUCCAAGAGAACCAACGACAAGACCAGGGAGCGAUUUGAGGCGCUCAUGGAGGCUCGCCUGGAAAAACGGAAUCACCGCCCGUCGAUAUUCUCGCCAAGGAAGACGCCUAACGCCAUCAGGAAGAAGGAUCCGGAUGUCUUGCAGAGGAUUCGUGAGGAGGCAAGAAGGCACAUGUGCAAUAUUCCCGUCCUGCGGUACGUACGACAAGUCAUCUACAAAGAGUCGGACCGACUGGAGGCCCUGAACAGCAGCUUUGAGCGUCAGAAGCAAAAGUAUGCUAGGGCAAUAUCAAAUCGGGCUAGCUCCAGUAACAGGAUGAAGAUCAAGCGGACCUCGGGGCCACUGUCGAGGAGGAUUUUUGGACUGUCGAACCCGAACCUGACAGGAAUAACUUUCAACGAGGCAGGAUACAUCGAGUCGGCGAACAUUCCUAAGCCAGUCGUCGUUCCCUCACCCGAGGCGCUCAAGAAGCUGAAGAAGAUGCAGAAGAAGAAGGAGCGGCUGAUGAAGAUGAAAGCGAUGGAGAACCCAAACCAGGAUCUGCUACCGGACACAACCGUCGACGACACAUUCCAGAACCUCCGCAGUCUAACGCGCGACAACAAGAAGCGGAAGCGACCACUGAAGGAGGAUCAUAUCACCUUCCUAAGGCGGACGAUGGUUGCAGGAACGCGGAUCCGGUCUAGGGAUCGGCAGAUGGAGUGGCUGACGGCCGUAAUCCGGGAUGUGAAGAACAGUCGUGUUUUGGUCCAUUAUGAGGGGUUCGCAGAGUUCUUCAACGAGUGGAUCGAUAUCAACAGUGAGCGCCUCAAGUUUGAUCCCACUAUGGAGCAGUACCCAGUUCCCCUCGAGGGAGUUCUUGCCCCGAUUGUCAACACUGAGGCUGUCGUAGCGCCGACCCCACAAGUUGAGACAACAAGUUCGGCGGCAGUCCCGGCAGAGACGAAUGAGGUAUUGGCUGAGAGCGAGGUGGUUGUAUCCAACUUUGAGGCCAUCUCGGACAACGUCCAGCAUGAAGAAGGCGGAAAGGAAGUCCACUGCGUCCAAUGCCAAGUCAAGAUCAGCCAGUUCCGGAUCUAUUGCAUGUACUGUGAGGUCGAGUCCAAGGUAGAAGGGUCAGAACAGAAGCCAUUCAACAUCUGCCUCUGGUGCUUCUCAAACGCCUACCCAGACUACCACGAUCAUCCCCGCUCCUCCUUCGCCACAAAAGUCAUCGUCGGGCCCCGAGGAGUCCGCCCCGUCAAAGGCGGUAUUAUCACCCGGUUCGAGAAAGACCUCAUGGAUCUCGAAUACAAAGAACCCGAGCGUCCCGACACCGCCCUCGUCCCCGAUCUUCACUUUCAAGCCAUGAUGGGUCUCGAAAGUGACCAAGGGUUCUUGUACCUCGACCAGCAGUGGAAGGACAAGAAGGUCUGCGCGUUCUGUAAUGAUGAUGGCACGAGCAAGGAUUUUUUUAUUGGGCCGCAGCCGUUCUUGUUGGCUUCGACGAAUCGGGAGAAGGGAGCGACGAUCGGCUGUUUCGACCCUAAGUGCGGACGCAGCUUCCAUGUCCCUUGCACCGGCAAGCCCAUGUCGCACUUUGAAGACGGUGUCAUCUUUUGGUGUCCCCAACACGAACGCGCUCUCAUGCAACGAGACGCCUAUGAUGAUACUUUCAGCUGCGAUCGAUGCUCCAAGGUCCUGGGAGUCAAUCCUUGGCACAGUUGCAGCAAGUGUAGCGAGGACUACUUCCAUACCUUUGAUCUUUGUCGCGAGUGUUUCUCCAAGGACGACAUCAAUCAUGAGCACGACAAGGACGAUUUCAAUGUGACAUCACUGGAACUUAUGUACAAGGAGCAAAUAGAAAAGGAAACUGCGGCCGCACAGGCGAUCGAGGCCGAGGAGUAUGCACCAGUCAAGAAGAAAGUGCCCAACUACAAGGCCAAGAUGCGAGGACUGUCUCGGCUUGUUUGCUCGUACUGCUGGUCCGGAACAUCCUCCAAAUGGCGCAAAGGAUACAACGGCGUGCUCAUGUGUGAGGACUGUUUUAUGGCUGGACCUGUAAACGACAUCCCUAUGCAACCGCCCAUGGACAUCGAGACCCUACCCGACGGUGUUGGAUCCGUCCCACUCUCGUCAGUUUCCGUGUUGGCCGCACAGGAAGAGUACAGUCGGGGCGUUGGCACAUACGCAACUUCGGCCGAAGAUUAUUCUCAUAGUCCGUACUUGACGCGCACUGCGGUUUCUUCAGUCCGGUUUGAUCAUUCGUCGUCGCAGGCGGUAUAUCUGGAUUCUUAUGGUCCUGCAGAGAACCAGCUGUUUUCAUUGCCGAUUGAUACGACUUACUAUGAUAUCCCUGGACGCGCGCCGCGAUUGACACUUUCUAUCAGGAACUGCUCGUUCGCCAUCCCUCAGGACGGAUCGAUCAAAGCCGAACAUCGCCCAACAAUCCUCCAAGGCGACUCUCGGCGGCUCACAGGACCCCUCUUCGAAAGUGAAACCUUCGACCACGUCCUCUCCCAUCCACCCUACAAAGACUGUGUCGCCUACUCUACCCACAUCGAUGGCGACCUCUCUCGUUUCGGCAACGCACUCGAGUUCCAACGCGAGAUGCGCUCCGUCGUCCGCGAAACCUACCGUCUCCUCAAAAUGGGCCGUCGGUGCACUUUGGGCAUAGGCGACAACCGUGAGCAUUGUUUUUAUAUUCCGGUAUCAUUUCAGUUGAUCCGGCAGUAUAUCAAUGAAGGGUUUGAGUUGGAGGAGUUGAUUGUGAAGCGGCAGCGGUACUGUGCGAUGUUUGGGUUGGGGACUUAUUUGUGUGUCCAGUUUGAUUUCUUGUGUUUUACGCAUGAGUUUAUUGCGACGCUGAGAAAGGUGCCCAAGGAGGAGAUCGAUACCAUGAUUCUCGAGCCAGACUACGCGGUGCUGGAUGAUGUUGGGAUCACGAGUACAGUAAGGGCGAUCCCGAGUUGCCCUGUCGAGCGCAAGAGUGUGGUCAUGGGCUCCGUUUGGACAUUCAAGCCAACCGAGGAGUACGACUUUCCUACGCUCUGCGUUUCCCGAAUGGUGGAGAGAUUCGGAAGGAACGAUGCCAACUGGGAAGAGUACAAGCUGAGCUUCAAAGUGGACAAUCCGGAUGAGGCAAAGUCAGAGCAGUGGGCUGAGCAUGCGGUGGAGAUCUUGCCGCCUGUGGAAGAUGACCUUGUCUCCUAUGAGCGUGAUCGCCUUCAGCAGAUCCAAGAGAACAAUCGGAUGCUUCUUGCCCUCGGCCUGAUCACGGAUCUGAGCGAAACGUCCGACGACCUAGGCCACCAAACUAAGAUCUCAAAAGACGCACCCUGCUACCCACCCCCUGCACAAACAACCCUCCGCCUUAUCGCACAUAUCCCAUGCACUACCCUCAAAACUCACCAGAUCACGGCCUAUCGAACCGCGAUUAUGCAUUUGGCAAAACAGGCACUGGAUCAGUUACCGGUGAGCGGGAUCUUUAUUGUGGGCGCACAGGAUAUUAGGACGGAGACUGGCAAGUUGUUCCCGUUGGGGAUGCUUGUCAUGGAGGAUGUUAUUAGGGCCGUUGGGGAGGAUUGUCUCAGGUUGAAGGAAUUGAUUGAGGCGGUGCCAGAUGGUUACCAGAAGGACAGACGCAAGAUCACAAACUGGGGCGAGUUCAAGGAAGAACCACGGUGGCCUGGUGAUGGAAUACCGACACUUCAUCUGCCCAUCGUCCACGCAUGCUACUUGGUGUUCACAAAGGUCAAGGAGAGAGUUGUCCCUGCUCAAGGAACAACUACUCAUGCAUAG